AUGGCUCGUGCUGGUCGACCCGAAACCUCGACGGUGGGGGAGGAAAACACCGCUCGCCAGCAACGUGAGGAUAGGUUAGAGAGCAAUAGUGUUGCUAGCGGUUCCGCUGAUGGGGGAGAGGCUGGAUGGGAGGAGAUAGAGUCAGUCUGGGUUCUCCGUGACGGUACCCCUGUUGAUGAGGCGGGGGGUCCGAUGACUGUAUCGGCCGUGAAUCGGCUGAAGGGGGUGUUUCGCCUUCUUGGCGUAGUGAAGUUGCGCCCGCCGACAAGGGACGAGAAAGCAUCAAUUCUGCCAGCAGGGUUGCUGAUGGCGCUCAACUCACUCUGGCAGUUAUCUGGUUGUGAAGGUCUGACCGUGGUGGAGGUGCUGCACUUCUACGAACUGGUUUACGUGAGGCGCCAAGGCUGUAGCGGACAGCGUCUCUGUUUCUAUGUAGCGGGCCUGCGUUUUACGUUGACAUGCGAGGAUCAAAGGGUGCUGGCAGAAUCGCAACUUGCUGGACCUGCGUCUGCUUACCGGCUGGGAGCUGUUGGCGGAUCUGAAACUAACCCGUCUUCCUUCCGCGACUCGUUUGAUAAAGCCAUGGACCGUGCGGAACUGCAGAAUUUUCUUGAGGGCAUGUACGCCACUGGGUUGACUGCGAAGCAAACCGUCAUCGAUCCGCAAACUCUGGCGGUGAGCCAGUCGGAGACCGAGGUGGUGAUGCUGAUGCCGCACCAUUCCCAUCUUGCCGCCGCUGGUCUCUUUGGAGCUGACAGAGGAGAUUCUCCGAAGCAUGGAAGUUGGGCUGGCUUUCAGGGACUACGUUACUUGAUAGAAAAGAUUGAAUUUGAAAAUCUACUUCACAAAGCUUCAGUGUCUUUUUGUGCAACUCGAGUUGCUUCUUCAGGCCAUGGUGGGUAUUCGUAUCUCUUGGAGCCUCUGUGCUGGUUGGGAUUGAUUACAAAUGGGCACUUGCUCCCCGUUGGUUGUAGCAAGCUCGUUCAAGCUUCCAUGUCGUUGAUCCCCAGAACCACACUCACACUCACACUCCCCAGAACACUCCUCGCCCUUCGAUCCUUCUCCUGCAAAAUGUCAUCCGACCCGCCACCGUUGACUCACUCCCUCACUCUCCCGAGUCAACUCGCCGCCGAGCCCGUCCAGAUCGUCGCCGCCCCCCACAUCUCCUCCUCCCAGUUCAGGAGCGCUAUUGAUUCGUCUUUGUUUAAGCAGUGGCUGAAGAACAUGGAGAGUGAAACUGGGAUUCUAAGCGACGGUUCUUUGGCUCUGAAACGAGUUCUAAUUCAGGGUGUGGAUAUGUUUGGAAAGAGGAUUGGGUUUCUGAAGUUUGAAGCAGAUGUGAUUGAUAAAGAAACAGGGGAAAAGGUUCCAGGUAUUGUGUUUGCACGCGGACCGGCUGUAGCUGUGCUUAUACUUUUGGAAUCGGAGGGCAAGGCUUAUGCUGUUCUUACUGAACAGGUUAGAGUACCUGUUGGAAGGAUCAUACUGGAGUUGCCUGCUGGAAUGUUGGAUGAUGACAAGGGUGAUUUUCUCGGCACCGCAAUCCGUGAGGUGGAAGAAGAGACUGGCAUAUGCCUAAAACAAGAAGACUAAUCAACUCUUGUAAUGAUUAUAUUCAGUUUUGUAGCCUUCAGUUACGUCUUCUUAAUUUUUCAC